AUGUCCCACUUUGAUACCUUGUCGAGGACUACGUCCAGGACUGCGGGUUCAACCGUCUCUAGAAAUCAAUCUUUGAUCAAGAAGAAUACUGCCCCUCAUGAGCUCAAACCAUCUGAUAUCCUCAUCGAGCGAUUCACAGCUUGGAAGCAAAUUGUAAAGAUGCUCAUCUCCUACUUCGAGGGUGUUGCCGAUAUCGAAGCUAACACUUCCAAAGAACUCACCAAGCUCGGUGCGGUCAUCCAAGUCCCAUUCAGACCAGGAAAUCAAUUCUUAGGUGAAGGUGGUAUGCAGGAUGUGUUCUACACCAUCCGAGACAAGACUCGAGUAAUCGCCGACUCCCACUCUUCCCUCGCCCGAACCAUCGAGUCCUCCAUCGUUCAACACUUGCAAAAGCUCAGAGCUGAGAUCAAAGCUCACAUCAAGAACGUACAAAACGAUACUGGAAAACUCGCUACUUCAGUCGCCAAAGAGAGAGAACUUUCCACCAGAGCUAUCGCCGAUCUUCAAAGAGCCAUCGGAGCUGUCACCCACACUCCCAUGCAAGUCUCAGCUAAAGAAGACCCCUUCGCUGUCAACCAAGCCGUUCACAAGCAACUUCAAAGACAAGUAAACGAGGAGAAUGCUUUGCAAAAAUCCAUCAUUAUCAUGCAACAGAACUCUGCCCAUUUCGAAGAAGGUAUCGUUCGAUCGAUCCAAUCCGCCUGGGCCACCUUCGACGAAUGGCAAACUCGAAUGUCCAGCUCCGUACAAGAGACCUGGAGACAUCUCGGCGUGAACAUGGCUCAAUUGAUGCCAGACAGAGAAUGGGUCUCAUUCGCUGCUCGAUCUGAUCAUUUGCUUGAUCCCGAAACUCCUCUCAGAAACCCCGAAAUGAUCGAUUACCCAGGUAAAAACGAUCCCGCUGUCACUCCCGUUCACACUGGUUUACUCGAACGAAAGAAGAGAUUCACCAAGACUUACAAAGAAGGUUUCUACGUUCUCACUCCUGCUGGUUACUUGCACGAAUACGCUUCAUCGGAUCCUACCACUGCUACUCACCCUGUCUGGUCAUUGUUCUUGCCUGCCUGUACUCUUGGUCCACCUUCUUCUGCUACUACUGCCAAAUCUCACAAGUUCCAUAUCGAAGGUCGAAAAGACGGUACAUCAGCUUACGGCAAGACACCAGGUGGUAAAGGAUUAUUUAGAGGUUCGGAAACUGCUUUCACCUUCAGAGCUAGAAGUCACGAAGAGAUGAUGGAAGUCUGGAAUGAUCUCCGAAUGCUCGUCGCUAGAUACUUGGUCGCAAGUGAACAAAUGGAAAGACACGGUGAUGUCCAAAGAGCUGUCCUCAGUGUCGGUUAUCGAUCUGACGAAGAGGAGGAAGAAGAGGAAGAGGAAGACGAUGAAGAAGGAAGCUCAGUCGAAGAAGCCGAAGAGGAAGAGGAAGAAGCUGAACAUGCUGGUGACGCUCAUGAGGAGUCCGAAGAAGUUCCAGCUUACACUUCGGGUGGAGCUGCUCCUCUAGAAGUUGGCCCCAACGGAUAUGUGGUCGACAAGAAAGAUAAGCCCGAGCUCGGGGCUGAGACCUCAUCAAACGCUGGAAAGGGAGUUGAACGACAAUUAUCAAGAAAGGAGGAAAAGGCACCAGCAAGAGAGGAGCCUACAACCGGUGAGGCUACUCUCUCUUCUCCUUCCACUCUCCCUACUACCUCUAUCGGAGAGGGCGAAGGUGUUUCUAGUUCUGCCCCUGCCACCAAACCUGAAGAUACACUUGGUGAAGUUGCACAAGCACCUGGCUCCGUCACUGGUGACUCGCAACCUACAUCAACCGAGUUAGACCCUGAAACUCCUCCUGCUACCAAUACAACUGGCGGAGGGGAGCACAAAGGUUUAUUCAGUCGCUUCACCGAGAACUUUGGUUCUGCCACCAAGAAAUCGGAAGCUUAA